AUGCAGCCCAAGACGUUCAUCCACCAGCUGCAUCACAUGCUGAGCGACCGCAGCCUGGAGACGUGGAUCCGGUGGUCGGCGGAGGACGACCACAUCUUCUGCCUGAAGCCAUACGACCCCGAGUUCCCGGGCACGGUGCUCAAGAAGAACUUCAAGCACGGCAACGUGUCGAGCUUUGUGCGGCAAUUGCACCUGUACGGGUUUCACAAGCUGCAGACAGGGCCCGGCGCGGCGAGCAGCGGACCUGCAGGCGACAACGAGCCUCCGACGCACAUCAUCAAGAGCAACAAGGAGUCGAUGGUGUGGUACUUCACGCACCCGUCGGGAUACUUCUACAAGGGCGCGUGUCAGCCAGAUCUCGCGCGGAUCCAGCGCAAGUCGAACGGCGUGGGGAAAGACGGGAAGCGCAAGAACGGACUGUCGCCGGUGUGCGUGUCGAUUCUGGAUCCCAGCACGCGCGGGGCGGCGUCCCCGGCGGCGGCGGCGCCGCCGCUAGAGGGCGCGCAGCGGUACACGACGCCGGGGUACGGGGACGGCAUGGCACAUGGCGUGGCGCCGCUGCACAGCACGCCGGCGUAUGCGGACGUCGCGAAGCGGCGGAGCGCGUCCUCGCUGGAUCUUCUUAUACAUCACCCACAGAGCCUGCCGCAGCAACCGUUGCCGGCGGCCGCGCAUCAGCAGCAGAAUCCCGCAUCUCACACGCCGCAGCCGGGCCCGAACCACCAGCCCAUCCUGAGGCCGUCUGUGUUCAGCGUGCCGCAGCAGCUGGGCACCACAGCAGCGUCGCCAGUUGCGUCGCAACACAUCGCCAGCAGCAACCCGCCUGCCACGCCGCUCGAAUACUACCAUUAUGAAAACAAUCUACAGCUACUGCAGCGCUGCAUGCUGACGAUCGUCGAUAUCCUGCAGGUACCCCCAUCGCAGCAGAAUAAUAUCGCUAAGCAGAACCUCAACCACCUGAGGUCUGAAAUUCUCUCGAUGGACAGCAAGUGGACCACACUUCGAUCUUACCAGCCGUAUUAUACUUCGCCCCACUCUUCGCUUAGCAGCGAGGCGUCGGGACCACUGCAUUCGAAUCCCCAUUCAUCCUCAACCGCCAUAUCCCUGUCCAUGCAGGGACAGCCGGUAUCAUCCACACAGAAGUCCUCCAUUUUCAGCAAUCCACGCCUUAGCGUCGCAUCUUCCGCAAGCCUGUCCAAUGGCGGCGGAUCGGUCAGUGGGUCCUCUCAGUAUGGUGGUUACUACCAGCAGGAGAGCAAGGCACCCGCCCCGGUAUUUCCGCCUCUCCAGCAGCAGUCGCAAUAUGCAUAUCCACCACCUCAGCACCACACUAAUCACUCGCAAUCGUAUUGA